AUGGCGAUCCAAGGCCAGCGACCGCAGCACUCGACGAGCAUAUACGUGACGUUUAAGGUCUUCCAACUCAUCAAUCAGCUUCGUCGUCGCCUCAAGCCGCGUGUCCAGCCAAGCUCGGCCGAGACGCUCUCAGAGCUUGUCGGCGCCAAGCGUGCCGGCCUCAGGGCCAGUGUCGAGGACGUAACCUUCAGCAGACUCGAGAGGAGCCUUCCCCGCCAGGCGGAGCAUCGCCAUCGAGACCGUGUCGCAAAGCCGCUGAAGAGGGGCAGCCGCUUGAAACCUUUGCCUCUCGGAAAGCACGCAUCCGGCGGUGCUAGCACUCAUGAAGAAGAAGUCCAACGCAUGCUGAGGGACCUCGACGGCAACUUUGAGGGCCCGAAUAGCGCAUUGCAGCUCAGCCGGAUCGCGGCAAACGAGAAGCAGUUCCUCAAUCGAAACACGGAGCCAAACUUGGACACGCUCUCGCUCGAGGUUCUGAUAUGUCGCCUGGCCGAGGUUCACGAUGCCAUUGAGAUCCUGAACCUAGCGCGCGCGCAGUACGACGACAGGUGGCUCAUCUGCCAGGGCAACGAGAUCGGGCUGGCCAUCGAUGAGGUCUUCAUCGCCAACUACGAGCACCUGCUGCUCAGCUUGCGCGGCCAGCUGAUGCAGGCCAUUGUGCGCAAGGCACUCGAGCGCGCAAAGGGCGCGAGCCACGACGAGUACGGCAAGAAGGAGAGACGGCUGCUCUCGUGGUUCAGCGAGUUCCCCAAUUGCCACCGGCCAAUGACCACGACGUGGCCAUGGUCAAUCAAGCCCUCGCUCGCAGUCCUUUGGGGCGUGUGCUGGAUGUUCUACUACUCCGACGGGACCCAGCCAAACCAGAUCGCCAGCAGCGGUGCCCUGGAAGACUUGGUAGACAACGUGGGUGUGUCGCAGGAGUACUUCCUCAACGACAACGAGUUCAUUGGGUGGAGCACGAGGCCGCCGCAGCCAGAUGAGUCAGAUCUCCAUUUCGGACGGCAGAUGGUCGACGUGGGGGGCGGAGGCAGAGGCGGUCGCGGAAGUGUCGGAGACACCAGGAUGCCCGACCAUCGCGAUUUGUCACGUCACGUGCGCCGGCCCUCGCACCUCGCCGCACAGCCACAAUAUGCAAACCCCUCGCCCGAUCCAAUCGGCACCGCAGGCUUCCUCGCCCACUACGCGGGCUCCACCAGGCAGUCCCAGCAGUUCCAAGCGUCGCCCGCUGCCCACUAUAAUAGUACUUACGCGUUGACGUCCCACGCGUCGCCGACGACUCCAGCCCAAGCCUUCCCGUGGCCUGGAAACUCAGGCAUUGCCACCGACAGCUUCCUUGGCUCGCACCUUGGGCCGCCCGAUGUCGAUGCGUUUUCAAACUGGCCUUUCGCACAGCCCAACGCAACGACGCAGCACUCGCCCGUCUCCCCCGAGUUGCCACGCCAGAGUCUUGACGGCAGUCAUCUGACUCCCACCAUAAGACUCACCGAGCCGAACGGCGGCCAGGCACCGGAUGCUCGACGGCUAGCUGCGCCUCAAGAUUUGUACACAGCUUCAAGUAUAUAUGACGCUGGCACGCCUCAGGCGCCCCUUCCCCAGCAACGUCAAAGUCGCCAGGACAUCAGUGUCCAUACCAAUUUCCAGAACUACAACAUCAACAACAGUAUGGGCCACAUCCCCCAAGAACGGUCUCCACAUAACAUGACCCCCAAUACGCCAAAUAACGCCAGUAUUCUCAGUCCAGUCAGUAUGGCCGGAGAGCGAUCGCCCGUUUCCUACCACUCUCGAAGACCGUCAAACGCCCAAUCGCAUGCGAGCUCGCAUAGUCGGCGGGCAGAGUCUGAAGAGGGCUCGCAAUCCCCAGAUGCCGCCGAAUCGGCAGUCUCUCCCCGCCGCGCCGGUCAUGCUUUCAAGCGCACUGAGGAACCUCCCCGGAACACCGCCAACAAGAUGAUCUGCCUCCACAGCGACUGUGUUGACCAGAAUAUGACCUUUGAGCGUAAAUGCGAAUGGAGUAAACACAUGGACAAGCACGACCGCCCCUACAAGUGCUCCGUUGCCGGCUGCGAGAAGCUGCAGGGCUUCACCUACAGCGGCGGACUACUCCGCCACGAGCGCGAAGUCCACAAGAUGCACGGUGGCACCAAGAAAGCCCUCUUCUGCCCCUUUCCGGACUGCAAGCGCUCCUCAGGUCAAGGCUUCACGCGGAAGGAGAACCUCGCUGAGCACAAACGCCGCGUGCACCGCCUCAUGUCGGGGUCGUCGGAUCUCGGGCCCGCAUUGAAAGCUGACGUGGGCGAGCGCGAGAACGUCGAGAGCCCUGAGGAGCUCCGCGAGGAGGAAACGCAGCUCGAAAGUGACCUCUACGUCUCACGGAAACGGAAGCACUCGGAAGUCGUGCCCGCGGACGUUGACGAUGCUGCGGAUCUGAAUGCGGAGGUCAAGCGGCUGAGGAAGGAAAACGAGGACUUUAAGCGCGAGAUACAGCAGCUCGAGGAGUCGGUGAGACAUCUGCAGCAGCGACAACGGUAA